UUGGUGGCGCUCUGCGACAUUAAUGGUGGAAAGAUUUUGUUCCGGUCGAGUGCGUGAUUAUCUACGUAUAAAAUUAAAAACAAAUGAACAAUUUGUGAGUUCGAUAUAACUGAUCGCUUACAUAAGUGCCUGUAGAACCAUGGCAAGGUUCUCGCCGCAAUUGGCUGCCAUUUUUGGCGGCCGAUUUUUAGCAGAUGGCCAGAAAUUGCCCGGUAUGUCGAGUCGAUUUUCUCUCGGAAAUCGCAAUAUUUUACCGGGGACCACGAAACAGCCUCGCCCGGAAACGCGCCGGAUGGCCGGGCUACCCGGUCCUCUGAGGUGGGUUCACACGACUCCGUGUUCGUCACAGUGCCGUAGGACUGAUCAUGAAGAAAAGAGUCAAGACAUGGUGCCAGAAAGAAAAGAUGACGGUCUUGUGAGCUUGGAGGAUCUUGUGUUCCGUAUCCUGAGCAAUUCCAAGAAGAAGGUCGCUCUGAGAGACUUCUUCUCAGUUUUAGCUUCCAAGGGGCUGAGGCAGACGGAUCCCCGCCUUCAGGAAUCUCUGGAGAAGAUCAAGGAGAAAUUCACCCAGCAGUAUCCAGACAACAUCGGCGACACGCUGCUGGACAAGUUGGACUUCCAAGAAUGUAUAUCGUCAAAUAUUGUCCUGAUCGGUCGCGCUCUACGCAACAUGUUUAUUCUGCCUGACUUCCCCCUUUUCGCUGCUCAAGUGGACAAACUGUACGAAGAGAUCAAGAUGAACACGGGUGGAGAGCUGGCAACGUACAUUCCCCAACUAGCCCGCCAGAACCCUGACCAUUGGGGGAUUUCCCUCUGCACUAUCGACGGUCAGCGGCAUUCCGUGGGUGACACCGCGGUCCCCUUCUCCCUCCAGUCCUGCAGCAAAGCGCCGAUCUACGCCGAAGUGCUGACCCGACACGGUUCAGACCACGUCCACCGAUUCGUGGGUCACGAGCCAAGCGGGCGAACGUUCAACGAUUUAUGCCUGAACGAUUCAAACAAGCCCCACAAUCCCAUGAACAACUCCGGUGCAAUGUUGAUGCUGUCACUUCUCAAUCAAAGCCGCAACAUGGCGGACCGUUUUGACGACAUCAUGCAACGCUUCAAGGAGAUGGCCGGCGGCGAGUACAUUGGAUUUAGCAAUGCAACUUUUUUAUCAGAGAAAGAAUCAGGGAAUAGAAAUUAUGCACUAUGCUACCUACUGCAAGAGUAUGGCUGCUUCCCAGAGGGAGUAAAUCCGAUGGAAACACUUGACCUGUACUUCCAGGUUUGUUCUCUUGAAGUCACGUGCGAGUCGGGAAGUGUUAUCGCUGCCACGCUCGCAAAUGGUGGCAUUUGUCCAAUGACGGGAAAGAAAGUGUUCGACCCCGCGGCAGUCCGCGAUGCGCUGACUGUCAUGUCGUCAUGCGGGAUGUACGACUACUCUGGCCAGUUUGCUUUCAAGGUUGGUAUGCCCGCCAAAUCUGGAGUUGCGGGCGGGAUAAUGGUCGUCGUGCCUAACGUGAUGGGUUUCAUGUUGUUCUCGCCUCCACUGGACCGGUUUGGGAACAGCGUCCGAGGAGCAGACUUUUGUGAGAAAAUUGUCAGCACGUACAAUUUCCACAACUACGACAACCUCCUCCAUGCGACCAAAAAGCAAGACCCUAGAAGACAGUACCUCCAGAGCAAGGCUUCGCGUGUCGUCAAGCUUCUCUUCGCCGCAUACAACGGCGACGUGAGCGUGCUCAGACAGUAUCUCUUACAGGGUGAGGAUAUGGAGCAGAGAGAUUACGACGACCGAACGGCCCUGCAUGUGGGCGCGGCGCAGGGACACGUGGAGGUGGUUCGAUUCCUGCUGGAGAAAUGUAAAGUCGAUCCAAGUCCAAAGGACAGAUGGGACCACACGCCACUAGAUGAUGCCGAAAGAUUUGGACACACUGAAGUAGCAGAAUUGCUGCGAGUGGCUGUUUCUUAGCAAUUAUCCCCUUGGCAACCAUCCCCCUAGCAGCAAGCAGUGGCUUUCCCCUGAAAAACCUACGCAGCCAACUUUCUCAGUAUCAUGAUUGACUAUAAAAAUGGCUAGGUUGUAGCUUUUUCUGCCCUUUUGAAGUGCUUUGGGUUGAAUUUCUUUGUAAUUUUUACAUGAAACCUAAACUUUUGUAAUAGUUAAACUUUUCUUACAAACUAGUGUAAACAUUUCAAGGAUUGACCACCAGUAAUUGUAAAUAGCGCCCUCAAUAGUCAAGUGUGUGCCAUCUGCAUUAAAAUGCCUUAUGUACUCUAUGAUGCUCUUUCAAGUUUUAAAUGAGAAAUUUUAACGAAUUUUAAGAAGAAUCGAACCAGGUAAUCAUGUCACUUUGGGUAAAAAAAGACGAGGUUUGAAUUUGUUGGGGAAAAAUAAGUGCAAUUUUCAUUCUUUGCAGUUUCAAUGCUGGUUUACUGCCAUUUUAUUUUUGUAAUGUUUUGGGGAUUUACUUUGGUUUUUAUCAUUAAUAUACAGCAUAGUUGUAAAUAAAUAUUCCACAUUGGUUAAAUUCAGUGCAGCAACUGGACGGGCACGUAACACCAUCUACAUGUAGAAAAACAUAUUUGUAUUUUUGUUGAAGAAAGUGUAGUUAUUAACAUUGCAGGUGAUUAUUCCCUAUGUGUACUACAUUAGCUAUGCAGUGUUUAUUUUCAAUGUUAAUAUUGUACAUGUUUAUAUUUUUUAAGGCAAGUCUACCAUUUGUAUCUAUCAUGCACAUUUUCCCUUUUAUUUUUCAUACACAAUUCAAACUGCCUAAUGUUUAAAAUGUGUAUUCCAAUAUUUUCAUGUGUAGAAGUUAUAAAAAAAAAUACAAUAAUGGUCUUAUUUUUUAGUUCCAACUUGGAAUUUUGACAAAUGUUGACAGGGUUGUACUUUUGUGAGGUUUUUUUUAGGAUUUGUAUGGGAAACAGCAUUUUUUUGGCAGUUAUUCUGCUAUUUUGAUAAUUCCAUAAACUUCGAUGACUAUAGCCCACAGACAUGCAUAAAAAUUGUUUAAAAUUGCACUUUAGUUGGCAUUUUAAAGUUUUGUUUUACUCAUUACUUUUGUUCCUAUGUAUUUAUUUUCAGGUUGAAUCAUUUGUAUUCAGUCAAAACAUUCUUUCCUUUUUUUCUCCUCUAUAUUUUCAUAUUUUAGUCUCAGGGGCAUGUUCAUGUUGGAUUGUUAAUGAAUAUAACAGAAUUUGUGUAACUUUUGGAUUAAUUAAUGUGCCUCUACCUUACUUUACUUGUGUGGUAAUUUUGAAGACUAAAAGUAACAAGGUACAUGUAUUUCUAAAUUUUGUAAUCCAUUUUAAUGUCAAAAUGAUUAAAACCAAUGCACUAGAAUGGUAUAAAGAAACUAAA